AUGGUGGCCUCUGAAUUCCUUAGAAGACUUUACACCAAAGGGUUUGAGCCAGCCCCGGAUAAAAGCAUCGGCUAUUAUGCUGAUGAUUAUAGGCUGGUCCCUGCGCUAAAGUCAGCUCUACAAGAGGAUGAAUGGGAAGAGAUUUACGAGUCACCGUUGGGUGUCUUUUUAAAGUUCCACGACUUGGAUUUUGGUUGGGCUUCUAGGCUGGUGCACCACAUGCUGACCUUUCAGAUAGUUUGCAAGCAGAGGUACGAGAUAUGGAGCCUGAUUGGUACCACUCCAGUUCGGUUUUCAUUGCAUGAGUUUGAGGAGAUCACCGGACUCAACUGCGGGCUGCGGUUGGGUUAUCUUGGGAUCUAUGCUGGUUUCAUAGUGGCAACGAGACCUGGCUCAUCCACAAAUGUCAACCAUGCCAGACUAGUGAUGGAUCUCGAAGGUUUUAAGGAGUUUCCAUGGGGAAGAAUUGCUUUUCAGCAUUUGAUCAAGUCUGUUAAGGAGAAAGAUCUCAGCAAAAACAUUCAUAUAGAAGGAUUUGUGCAAGCUCUUCAAGUGUGGGUGUACUAUGCUCUACCGGAUUUUGCUGCUGAAUUUGGCGAACCAUUGCCAAAUGUUACUGAAAAACCUCUUUUGCUGGCUUACAAAGGAUCAAGAGGACGAAAGAACGUCAAAGCCAACAUGCUAAAACAGGCUCGCAUACAGUCCUGCGUGGCUAAGGACUUGGCGGAUAUGUUUCCCGUGUGGGAUGAUGACGAACAGAAUCCAGAUAUUGUCAAGAUUGUCAAUGCACUCCAUGACCCCAAUUUCAAGUUCUCAAAAAACCAUUGGCCUUUGGAAGGUGUUUUGGGUGCACACAUCGUCAAGUCAGAAGCCGGAAAGAGGAGCCUUCCCUCAGAUGAAUCAAGUCGCAAGAGACCCUGCACAGCCUCUGCCUCUGCCGCAUCAUUCGUUGGUGAUAAAGGGGUCGGAGUUGUCGCUACUAUGAAAGCGCACUUCGACCAAUGCUUCUAA